UGGUACGAACAUGGCGUAAUUUUGAUUUCCGGGAGUUUCAAAAACGUGUUUUGUAAACAAGAAGAAUAUGUGUGCCCAGAUAGUGUUUGUUAUCGAUACCAACUUAAAUGACGACUCUAGAUCAUCUUCAUUAUUAUCAAAUUCUAUCUGUCUUUCUUGCAUACGGCUGUUGAGUCAUUUGUCUUCACAUUUUGACAAACAUGGGUUGACCAGAAAAUCAAAACAAACUUAUCAAAAAUUGAAGUGGGGUUAUAAGUUUUUCAACAGUAAAGUACAUCACACCAAGAUAGAAUCGCACAAAUUAUAUGACUUUAAAUUGAGAUAUUUAGAAGAGUUUGAAAAUGAGCUUCAGAGAAGAUUUGAAAGUGCGGGUAAUGGUGCAAACAGUGAGUCUGGCACAAGAAAAUACAAACCAGUUGACAGCUUGAACAAAGCUUUCACUGAGAUUCUUGCAGACUUUAAAUGGGACAGUCAAGAAUUAUGGUCGCCAGUGAAAGGAAAAAGGUUCAGAAAAGAGCCACCAGAUAGAAGACAUUUAGUUGUGCUAUUUACCAAAUGUCCUAAAACCUUUAUGCAGCUGAAAGAAUUUACGGGAAAAAGAGUGUUAGAUGAAGAAAUAUUUCUUAAUUCAUUGUUUCCAAAUAUGCUGUUUCAACAGUUUUGUAAAAUUGCAAAAUUAACACUGUACUGGAUUGAUACACAACAUUUUGAUACUUGUGUGGAUGAUUUGGACCUGCAAGCACUGGAUAUUGUUAAGAAGUCUGUAGAAAAAACAGGUGGAGGUCUUGCCUCAUUGCAUGCUUUUGCUGGUCAUGGUUGCACAUAUUUCACAAACGUUCAGGACCUACUGCAGGAAGAGUCAUGGGAACAAGAGGAGUCUCAGAGUUCAUGUAAUUCCACACAGUUAUUACCCUUGGCAACUGUUACCAAAUCCUGUUUUCUUCCUGGAGACAAUAAAUUGGUGCAGAAAGUUCAGAAAUCACAGAAUGAAAACUGUUUUGACAUACAAUUAGGUAACAAGGCAGUGGAAAUUUUAGUUACUGCACAGAACAUUGAAACUAGAACACAGAAGAAAACAAAUUCAGCAGAAAAGGAAACUGACAUUUCUAAACUCCAGUCAUCAGUUUUGCAAGGCUAUGCAGUUUUGAGGAAGAGUUGGCUAGGUUGUCGGUUGCCAGUGCAGGCUAGUUAUCUGUGUGCAGAGAAUGUGAGAAGAAACAUGGGAAAAACAGCUGGGGGAUAUACUGAGGGAUUGUUGAAAAAAAUGAUCAAAGAACUUGCUUCCAAAAGUAGUAUCCUGGUGCUUGUAUGUACCAGGUCUGGACAACUGGUUCUGUUGGAACCGCUUACCACACACACAGCCACACUUAGUCUACUGUCUGUAGAUACCACUCUGUCCUUAGAGAAACAGUUGCUUCUCCAAAAUACAAGUAGACAAACUUCUGCUGAUACAGUACAGAGUAAGGAACAGUUUGUUGAUGAGAUGGUAGGGAAACUUGUAGGCUCGGUUCAUCUGACAAAAGGAAAUGAUGUGGGGGAGUGUAUUAAGGCAAAUAGCCUUGAUGGACUACAGAUGGAUCGUUGGGUGGUUGCAGGACGUACAGACACUGUGCAGAAACUUAUCACUAAGUUAAAUGACAGGAUAUCAGAACUGGACUUUCUGUCACACGACGAGGUGGAAACUUUAAAACAACUUAGCAAGAGUUACAGAAAGGAAAAGCAACCUCCGGGGCUAAGAGAUACCUCUGUUUGUAAUCAUGUAAAUGCAGAAACAAAGAUUGCGGCUGUAGACAAAGCUGACAUGCAACAGAUUGGGAAGUCGUCUCAGGCAUCUCUUAGUCGUAUUGAUAAGAUACUGUGUAAAAGUAAAGAAGUGGUACAAGACAACAUACAGAAGAAAGCUGUGGACAACACAAGUAGUAGGCAAGAGAGAGAGAAGCCAAACCUUGCUGCUCAUCUAGCAGAUUUCCAAACUGAAGAGGAACUGAAGAACUAUCUUACCUCCACAUAUGAGAGGACAGCUUCAGGGGAGGUAACUGACAUAGAUAGUUGCAUACAGUCUAUGAUCACAGUGGCACUGCAUUAUUUCAAACUGAUGGAUGAUAAGACUUCGGCCAAGGAAAAUUGUUGGAAGCUGCUUGAAGAGACACUAUUGGUAUCAGGAAGUCAACUGAGGGAGAAAUACAGUCAUGGUGAGCAGGUGCCGUUAGAGCAAAAAGUUGCAGGGUACCAGUCACAGAUAUUGUUGAGGAUAGAGAUGAUUUCUACACUGAAAGAACAGGAGAAAACAGACGGAGAGGAAGAUAUUGAUGAGGUUGUUGGUAUGUUGAGAACAUUGUCAUUCAUAUCUGAACCAGGGCUACUGUCAAAGUUCAUGCAGUCGUCUCUCUUACACAGUUACAUGCAUACAAUACCAAGAACAUUGGGAAAUAUAUAUGAUGAACUAAUGCAACCAUUGCCGGAGAGUCUUGCCAACAUCCUGUCUCCAGAGGAGAUGAGUGCCAACCAGUCCGGAGUAAACGAGUCUCUCAUCAGUGAUGAUGGUGUUGGUGGCCCACCUUCAGCAAGAACUCGGUCACAUGGUUCAGUUGGACCGCUGUCGAAUCAACCAGUAAAUCUAGAUACAUCACUUAACACAUCCAGAGGUGGUAGAAAGUUGGUACAUCAUUACAGCAUGGUUGACUAUGGCUCUAAGCGUCAGAUUGUUGUGGACAAGCCAGUCAGUCAGAAGCUUGAGAAAAGAUCAAAGCAAAAGAUAAAAAGUUCUGCCAAAAAGAGAAGAACUGAUAAAGUAACUAAAUCACCAUACGAGAGAAGGAGAGGUGGAGUAAAACUUGAGAGACGUCAGUCAGUGGCAGUAAUGGAGCGCACACACAAAACACCAAAAAAGAAUAAGGCAUCAAAAACUGCUGUGACUCCCUCUAGACAGAAAGGCAAGCUGGUUGCAGAGACACCCUGUCAUAAACAGGUUUCUAGUAUGUUGAACAAAUCCUUACAGCUGCAACAGUUACAAAUGGAUGUCAUUAAAGAAUCUCCAGAAAAAUCUUGUGAUUUAGGACACAAUAUCUCACCAACUAAAGGGAAGAGAGCGAAGGCUUUGCUCAGAAGGUCAUUUUACUCUGCAGGACCUACCAAGAGAACAAAGAAUCUCACUCAAUACUUUCAGCUUGCCAACAGGAUUGCAGGUCGUCAACAGCAACCGUCUACUGAGCCCAAGAAACUUGCAAAGUUAAUCAGUUUUGAAACGCCCGAUCAGUUUAAAUCCCCUGACAAAAAUAGUUCUUUUCUUCUUUCCCAACUGGGUGCAAGUCCAUCACCAGCUAAAGCCACUCCAAGGAAGCUUACAAAAACACCUAACAAAGUGGCAGACUCACCAUGUCACAACACAAGGUCAAAAUGCGAAUCACCAAGUAUUGAUCUUUCCAUCCUUGCAGGUAGACAUGUACUGGCAUCACCAGUAUCUCACCUUAAACAAAACCCUCGGAGUAGGCAGCAGUCACCUCGUGUGUUAGUAGCUGAAUCAGGGGUAAAGAAAAGCCCGGGGCUGUCUCAAACCACCCCAGAGAAGAGCCCAGCCUUAGGGGUGGUCACAUUUGGCCUGGACUCACCAAGUCAAAAUACUAGGCAAAGACUCGCACAGACGCCUACCCGUAAGUCAGUGAGGGCUGCCCUAUUUGCAAAAAGUCCUGUGGCUAGGAAUCAUUCUCCCUUCCGAGCAACAGCUAGUCCAAGAACACUGCUUGAUAAAUUUGGCUCUCCUUUGAAAACUAUUGGGUCACCUGUCAAAACAACCACAGACAUAAAAUCACCAAAAAAUAUGAAACAUGCUUCUCCCGUGUGUAACGAAGCACUGCUCUCCCAAAGGGCAGUGAAGAAUUCAGUACCAUCUCAACUUAGCAGUUUUGCCAAUAAGAUAAGAUCAGACAAACAAUUUGGUGACGAAAAACAUUCAAGUGGUUCAAAGACACCAUCUCCAAAUAUGAAAAAAGUAACGAAAACACCGGACUCAUUUGACAAAUGGCGCAGAAUGAAACCCCGCAUGUCACAACCCUCUCCAAGUGUAAAAAUGACAGUGAAACAAAGAUUAAGCCAGUGUAGACAGUCAGACCAAGACAAAAUAAAUAGUAACAUAACAGAUGGCAUAAACUUGAACCAGUCUAAAGGUGGUGUAAAUCUGUCUAAUGGAGAAAUAAUCAUGAACCAGUCUGAAGAAAAUGAAGUGAAAGGAUCAUACAGAAAAAAGAGAUGUCUGUUAGAGUCCCCAGAGAAAUCUGUGGGUUCUUUCAGCAAAAGGCGGAGAACUGGAAAUGAAAGUUUCAUUGGUAGCCAGGGGUUUGAUAUGACUGGAUCAUUUAAUGAACUGUCUCAGAAAAGCAUUGACAGCACUGUAGAUUAUUUUUCAGCCACUAAUGAUGAUGUAUUCCUGUCUCAAAGUCAAAAUACAGAAGAUAUGGACUUUGAAGAGUAUGACGUUCAGCAGACUGGACGAGCAUCCAAGAAAAGACUCUUAUUAACCAAUAGUUCUGAAAAUGAACGGUCAGAAUCACCAAUAUUUGGUUGUAGUAGCAGGAAAUCUAAUAUAUCAAAGACAGUAUCAGAAGAUUUAAAAACUGGCCAGAAGAAUACUAAAACUGGGCCAGACUCGGGGCACAGCUCGCCUGUACAUGUGCGGAGAUCACCAGCAACAAAGAAGUAUUCUCCGAAUGUGUCAGCUAAAAGUCUGAUGCACCUCAUUCAGUCACCAUUGCUACGUUCUCCAGAUGGUGGAAUGGGGAAAAAAUCAUCAAAAGCCUUGAGCCCCAGGUCGUCUGCUGCCAGUCCUAGAUCUAAAGCUGUUGGUUCUAGAAGAUCACUGAAAAUGAUCAAUUGAAUGCAUAUGAAGUGCUAUAUUUGCAUAUAAAUGUAUUUGUUUGAGUUUUGAAUGAUAUUUUUGCUUACUAUGGAAGACUGUAAAAUCAUCAUUAUUGACUUGGCAAGUUUGCGUGGAUUUUCAUUUUCUGCCGUAAAAAAAAACAACUCCAGAUCUUAACAAACAAAGGAAAUAUCUAUUUUUAUUUUAUCUGUAUAAUAUAAAAAGCACUAGUGUAUACAUGAAGAAGCUAUUUUUUGCCUGAAAACGAAGUUUAACUAGAACAUUAUGUAGGAUUUGUGAACAUGUGAGGAGGUACCCAUUUAAACGAAGUCCUUAGUAAAAACAGAAUGCUUACCAAGAUUUAUUCCAACUGUGGUAAAAAUAGAAUUGCAUGCUUAGUUUUGUCACAGAGAUGUUGUAUAUACCAGAGUGAUACUGCUAGACUGGAGCCAGAACAUUUUAAAACUAGUCUGAAUUAUCGGUGAUACAUAACAAAGGUUGUAAUUAUCUUUUGACUAAUUGGCAGUUAAUGUAAUUUAAGGAUAAAUUGAAUGUAUAGUUGUGAUUCAGCUGCAGCACAUUUACUCAGUCAGAAUAUACAUGUAUGAUACACAAUGAAUGAAAUAGGGUCAGCCUUGUAAAAGUUUUAAUUUAUCUAAUACCAUGUAAUAUGUUUUAUUCUCUAAUGUACUGGAGAAUUUUGAAAACACUAUGAGUAUGUUGAAUAAAAUUCCUUCCUUAGAGUUUAUCUAGAAUGUUGAUUUAUUAAAUAUGUAUAAUAAGAUUAUGACAGGACAGGUACUUUCGGUGCUGUAUGAAGCAAGUGGUUAAUACAUGACCCUUGUUGUAACCAAAGGGCAGGGUCAUAGAGAAGUCAGACUGAAAAUGGAACAGACAGUUUAUGAGGGAGCAUUUUGUGCUGUACAAACAGCUGUAAUUCAUAUUCAAGACAAAUAUAGUCUCUGAAGUUCUGCAUGGGUAUUUGUAGGAAGUUUUUUUAAUUUUGAAUAAUGCAUGAAGUGUUCUUAGUCUUUGAGUGUAUUCCAGAUUAUCAAUUAAAUGGAACUAUUUGAAUUUAGAACUGACCUGAUGGUGGCUGUUUUAUCAAAUUGAAUGUUCAGUCUGUAAUGUAUGCUUUAGUUCUGUCAGAUAGUUUUGCUUGUCAGAUGUCUAUAAUUAUUAUACUGAAAUUGUACAAAUUGCUGUGUGUAAAUAUGUGAGCUUUAGCAGUGUAUUUGCUACUCAUGUUUUAAUCAUUCUCAGUGAAUCAUUUUUACAGAUUUGUAUAUCUUGUAAUGUUUAGAUGAUCAGUGUAUAGUGUAAAGUUUGAUUCACCAAACCCUGUUACUCUCAGUAAUGGCUCUCUCCAUUAAAUUACCCCAUAGUCCAGUCUCUUAAGUGUCUUUACUAUAACUUAACCUUUAGCCUGCUGGCGGCAAGUUAUUCUGCCUUUGCGACCAGUGCAGACCAAGAUCAGCCUGCACAUCCGUGCAGUCUGAUCAUGGUCUGCACUGUUCGCUAUUCAGUCAGUAAAUUUUCAGUAAACACCCCUUCAAAUGAUAAAUGGUACUGCUCAAAUUGAAUGAUGGACCAGUCCAUUAUAGAAAUUUAGCAGGCUAAAGGUUAAAAAUGAUUCAACGUUUUCAGUGAAACUUUAUAAAAAAUGUUGAGCAUGAAAAGAUGUGUUGUGCACAAGAGUCAGGUUUGUAUUGGAGGUUUUAAUGGUUCAGUGGAUUCCAGUGAAAGUUAAAAGUAUAAGAUUUGUGGGUUUCAUGCUCAAGAGUGUGAUCUGUACUGCAAAGGUAAAUACAUCCGAACCAUGUGUAAUACUUGCCAUAGUGAGGGGCAUGUGUGCUUCACAAACACAUUGCCGGUUUUUAUUAGCUCACCUGUCACAUAGUGACAAGGUGAGCUUUUGUGAUCACCCUUCUUCUGUCGUCUGUCCGUCAACAAUUUCUUGUCUGCAUGAUAGUGGUUUCAUUUAUGAUUUUAUUUUAACCAAACUUGCACACAACUUGUAUCACCAUAAGAUCUCGGUUCCUUUCUUGAACUGGCCAGAUCUCAUUAUGGGUUCCAGAGUUAUGGCCCCUGAAAGGGCCAAAAUUAGCUAUUUUGACCUUGUCUGCACAGUAGCAGCUUUAUUUAUGAUUUGAAUUUUACCAAACUGGCACACAACUUGUAUAACCAUAAGAUCUUGAUUCCUGUCUUGAACUGGCCAGAUUCCAUUAUGCGUUCCAGAGUUAUGGCCCCUGAAAGGGCCAAAAUUAGCUAUUUUGACCUUGUCUGCACAAUAGCAGCUUCAUUUAUGGUUUGAAUUUAAUCAAACUUGCACAAAACUUGUGUCACCAUAAGAUCUCGGUUCCUUUCUUGAACCGGCCAGAUCCUAUAAUGGGUUCCAGAGUUAUGGCCCCUAAAUGGGCCAAAAUUAGCUAUUUUGACCUUGUCUGCACAAUAGCAGUUUCAUUUAUGAUUUGAUUUUAACCAAACUUGCACACAACUUGUAUCACCACAAGAUCUUGGUUCCUUUCUUGAACUGGCCUGAUUCCGUCAUGGGUUCCAGAGUUAUGGCCCCUUAAAGGUCCAAAAUUGGCUGUGUUGGCUUUUGCAGCCAUAUAGAGACUUCAUUUAUGGUUUUAUUUGAUACAAACUUCCAAAAUAUCUUCAACAACAAGAAAUCGUGGAUUCCAUGACAAAUCAGAUCCAAUCGUAGGUUCCAGAGUUAUUUUAUAUCUGAUUACCUCCCCUGAUGGUAAUCAAAAUGGAUUUAUAUCAGUAAGUACUUAUAGGACUUAUUUGAAAUUUCAUUAUUGUCAUUAGUUGGACUGAGCCAAUCAGGGUAGAUAACUGUGGACUGAUUUUAUCUCAGAUUACCUCCCUUUAUUUCAAAUAAAAAUGGGUAUAUCUCCGUAACUAAUGAAGAUACUGAUCUGAAAUUUCAUUUAUGUCAAAGAUUUAUUUGGCAGAUCCUUCUUUUGUUCACUUACAAUGAAAAUUUUUUUAAUUACUUCCCUUUUACGUUACUAUAACUAGCUUAUUUUUAGUAACUUUUUAUUAUUGGCCGUAGGGAAAAACCGAGACCACUUUUCUGUGGUACAACAUGGAUGGUACCUCCAGUUUUUAGGUGUAUUUUGAUAUAUCUGUACCUUGUAAGAAUUUUUUUUUCUUUUUGAUUAAAUUUCUUCCCUUUGUUGUUCCUGUCCUUUGGACUUAGAUUUUUUUUCUGAGGACCUUCUUGUCCUCAAGUGCAAUGAUAACAGGUGAGCGAUAUAGGGCCAUCAUGGCCCUCUUGUUAUUCAAGAUUUGGAUUAAGUUGAACAUCCUUCUAAAGGUCUCCAUGGGUUGUAGUAGGAACUUCCUUAAUUUUGAAAUAUUAAUAAAGGAUUAUCCCCAUGUUAAAUUUGAAAACAAGCUAAAUCCACUUUUGAACUGAUUAACAUAUGUAAAAUCCUGUUGCUUUUAGUUCUACUGAACCAAAGAUUCAGGGAGAGCUAUAAGUACUGCGGAUGGUCCAGUGUCUGUUGUCAACAUUUUUAUAUAAACAUCUCCUGGAAGACUAGUGGUCAGAAUCACAUCAGACUAGGUCUGUAGCAUCUGUUCAAGGUCCUUCCUCAAAUUUAUUCAGACAACUUGUACCAUUUUAGGGACCGCUAGAGCUAAAAGGACGUCUGAUGAACAGCUUGAUGGAUCUUCAUCAGACUUGGUCUUUAGCAUCAUUUAUUUAUAAGGUCCUUCCCCAUAUUUGUUCAAAUAUGGGUUCUUGGCCACUUACAGGGGCUUCUUGAGUUAAAUAGAAUAAUGUUUAGACAACUUCUCAUGAAGUACUUGAUGGAUCUUCAUUAAACUUGGUCUGUAGCAUUCUUAUAAAGUCCACUGUUAGAUAUCUUCAAACAGGAACACUUUCCUUUAAUCUGUUGGGUUGAUCUUCAUUGCACUUUGUUCAAAGCAUCCUUGAGAGUUCCUGUCUUAACUAUUUUCAGAUGGGUGCACGUGACCUCUUUCAUGUUUUUUUAUGCUGUGUACAGAAUGUUACCCAUUAUGAUUUAGUGUGUCACCAAAUAGUCAAGGUCAGGUGAGCAAAUUAGGAACUAUGGCCCUCUUGCUGUUCAUUUAAAAAUGGAUUCAGAAAUAACAUUAACAAUGGAAAACACCACAUCAAGAUUUGUUUUUUAUGAUCAGUUUAGAAGGUAUGAUAUAUUUAUUUCCCUUACCACUUUCUGAGUUCUUCAAAAUUUUAUAAAUUAAGUUGAUGUUUAAGCAGACCAGAAUUACCACUGCAGAAUAGAAGAAUCAAACAUUAAUUCUUUGAAUUUUAUUUGUUAUGAAAUUUGCAAAGUUUGCAAAGUACAUAUGUAAUUUAUAUAAAGAAAUUAAAAGAAUUAUCUUUAAGUACUAUCAAAGGGGAACACAAAUGUUUUAACUUGUCAUAUAUCGUAAUUGUACAGAAAAUCAAUUUUUUUGCUGUAUAAAAAGAGAGUAAUAAAAUAAUAAAACAUG